ACACAACUACACAAAAUUGCAAAAAUGGACGAUGUGGAAGUACCUCCCUUGCGAUCGUUGAAUGAUUUCCUCCUGGAGUCGGCUCGGUUCUCUACCCCUGCCUUUAAUAAUUUAACAAGAUGGACCAACCGUGUGAUAGACAACCUCCUGUAUUACCAAUGCAACUAUAUACUAACUGCUGUGCUGGCAUUUCUUAUAGUCGGGACGAUGAAUCCCAGAGCGAUGUUAGUCGGCAUCUUGACCAUGGUUGUCAUCUUUGCUAUCUUCAUCUACACCACAAAUAACCGCUCUGAGAUGCAGCGAUUCAAGAGGAGUCAUCCUUUUAUCUGUUUCCUGCUCGUCUUGCUUUGCUGCUUUCUCUUAUUGAAGGUGUUUGGUGGUCUGUUGGUCUUUGUAUGGGGUGUUACGCUUCCAAUGGCAAUUAUCUUUAUUCAUGCCUCCAUGAGAAUGCGCAACGUUAAGAACAAAAUGAGCAAGAAGCUUGAGUCACUGGGACUCAAGAGAACACCCAUGGGGAUCCUACUCUACCAGCUGGGUCUAGAGGAGCAGGCGCGGUCUUGAAGAAAGAAAACCAGGCAAGAAAAUAAAACAGGCUGUUCUGUACUAAUACUUCCUCUACAAGAUUUUGCUAACGGGUUUACGUACUUCAGAACAGGGACUAAUCUCAUAGAGCUGCUUAACGGCUAAUUUUGUGCUUACUGUCUGAUUUCCUUUUAAUAGCGCUACUAACUGUAAGCACACAAAAAGGAAUGUUAACCUUCCGGUGCUUAGUGCAUACCAAUAAAUGACAUCACAUGGUGAACGCACAAGAUGAGUGCCUAAUUUUCUUGCACACCUUAGCAAUAAGCAGGGCUAUGAAAUUGUUGGACCCUGCUCAUAAUUACAUUCAAAUCAAAUAAUUUUUGCUUGCCACAUGAAAAGUCAAACCCCAAAUGGAAUGAAGUAAACUGAUUCCUGAAAUACACCAAUGGGUCUAGAGUUUUCAACAUUUUCAAAGUAGUCCAUUGUGGAUUUCUUUGCAAUAAGUGUACAUGUAAUUCAGACUCUCCACUGUUUUUCUCCUUAUGAAAUCAAUUCCUUAAAAGGCACUGGACACCCUUGAUACUUGUCAAAGACCAGUCUUCUCACUUGGUGUAUCUCAACAUAUGUAUAA